GGAAGUUGUUCAACACGGAAGAGAGGAAAGGCUAGCGCUAGCAGCAAGCUAGCUUGCUUGUACACUAACCGUCAACGUAUGUUGCGGUCAUCUCAAACUAGUUCUGGACUGGUAUCCAGUGUCUUUCAAGCUUCUUUUACCGAAUCUAGUUUCUAGCAGCAGAUAUAAAAAGCGCAGCUAUUUGUCAGGAGGAUGAGCAGUUCGGAGGAGGUGUCCUGGAUAUCCUGGUUCUGUGGACUCAGAGGAAACGAGUUGUUCUGUGAGAUAGAUGAAGAUUACAUUCAGGAUAGGUUCAACCUUACGGGUCUGAGUGAGCAGGUACCUCAUUUCCGCCAGGCUUUGGAUUUGAUCCUCGACCUGGAGGCAGAUGAGGAAACUGAAGACAAUCCGAAUGAGAGCGGUUUGACUGAGCAGGCAGCUGAGAUGCUCUAUGGUCUUAUACAUGCACGCUACAUUCUCACAAACAGAGGCAUUGCACAAAUGCUGGAAAAAUAUCAGCAAGGAGACUUUGGCUGCUGUCCCAGGGUAAAUUGCGAGAACCAGCCAAUGCUUCCUAUUGGCUUAUCAGACAUCCCUGGAGAAUCAAUGGUGAAGCUUUACUGUCCAAAGUGUAUGGACGUGUACAGCCCCAGAUCGUCCAGACACCAUCAUACAGAUGGAGCCUACUUCGGCACAGGAUUUCCUCAUAUGUUGUUCAUGGUGAACCCAGAGUAUCGACCGAAGCGACCAGCCAGCCAGUUCGUACCAAGGCUGUAUGGUUUCAAAAUUCACCCCAUGGCUUAUCAACUGCAGCUUCAGACGGCAUCAAGUUUCAAAAGCCCAGCAAAGGCAAUUCGCUAGAGACCAACUUUGCAAUGACAAUGGACUCAAACAUUAUCAUCUGACUCAUUUGAAGAAGUGCACUAUUCCCAAUAAAAAGCUUUACAGUUGCCUAAAAUCAUCUUUGUUUGUGCUUUUAAACACAUCCUGCUGUUCUGAUUUAAAGAAAAUUACAACAAAUCCACAUUAGCAAAUAUAUUUAUGCAGAUGUAAGUGGAUAGGUGAGGGGCUAAGCAGUGAACCGCUCCAGUUAACAUUAAAGAU